CCUGGCCCGGCCGCGGGAGGUUGGAGCGGCUGAGGGGAGCGAGGCGCGGGAGGGCCAGUCUCGCUGGGUUCUUUCCUCUUUCACCCGGCCCUGAGGGUUUGUGCUCCCUAAGGGGCCUCCCUUCGCUUCUCAGUCCUUUGGCCUCGGUGCUGUGGCUGCGUUUUUGGGGGACAGCGCCUCAGAACGAGUCCACGGGUCUGUGGCCCUGCUUAUGGGCUGCCCAGCCUUCUCUACCGGUGGAAAACUGGCGAGACAAAAGCUGUAUUGAGUGUUAAUAGAGCCUUUUGUUGCUGAGACAGUAAAAGGAGUGAGUGCCGUUGUAUAACGUAGCUAUUAGCAGGAAAACUGAGGGCGUAGUUACAGACGUACCCAAAGUGCAAAAGUCAAAGACUGCUAUUCAUCUCGAGAUGGAAGAGUCAGUGCUGGAUAAAUUGCCAUCUUUGUGCAAUACUCCAAAGGAUUCUGGGGCAGCUCCUGCACAGGGGACUAGUUCAGGGAAACAGCAAAUGAGUACAGCUCUGAGGGAACGAUUAAGGAAAACAAGACGUUCAUUUAAUGCCAGUUUUACUGUGGCAAAGCGGCUCAAAAUAGACACUGAAGAGAAAGACACUGCUGGUGCUGACCCAGGGUGCUUGCCAGAAACAAGUACAGACUGUUCCAGAUUACAAGAUGGGUCUGAGAACCUGGAAGGAAAUGGCACUGGACACACAUGUUUCAAAAGUCCCUCACAGGAGAGUAAUCCCUGUGGAUCAGCAGAGAAUUUGAAUGUGCUACAGGAUGAUCUUGGUCAGCAGCAGUCCCUUGAAGAAAAAGUAAAGCUGGUGAAACAAGUGCAAGAGAAGGAGGAGCUACUUCGCAGGCUCAAACUGGUGAAGAUGUAUCGAUCCAAGAACAACCUGUCUGAGCUGCAGGCUUUGAUAGUGAAGUGGAGGAGUAGCACCCAGCUGAUGCUGUAUGAGCUGCAGUCAGCCUUUUCUGCAGAUGGCAAGAAAGUGAGUCUCACUCAGCUCAUCGAUACCUUUGGGUUAGAAGACCAAUUACUGCACUACAGCAGAACAGAAGAGGAUUUUGUAGAUGCAUAAUCUACAGCUGCAGAGCCUUCUUUGCACAGACACAAAAGCAGAAAAGACUGAAUACUUUCUGAUUGUGUCAGAAGUGUUGGUCAGACAAUGGACUUUAUGCUUUGGGGUUAGGAGGUUUUCUCCAGAGAUACUUGUAAAGCUGUAUACAUACAUACAGUAGGCACUGUAAAAGGCAUUACUUAAUGGAAAAAAAUCAAACUGGUGAUGUUUUGGGGAAUCUGACUUAAUGACUUGGUCAGUGAAUUUUUAUUUAAUAAAAAUAAAUUUAAGUCAUAGUUUAA